AUGAAAAUUGAUAAAUUACCAGUUGAUAUAUGGCACAAUAUUAUAAAGAUAGGAGUAAGGGAUUUACAAAUCUUAGCUCUCACAGACAUUUUGAGCUUAUCUGAGGUAAAUAGACAUCUUUACAAUGCAUUGCAUGAUAAUAUUAUCUGGUAUGAUAUUUUUCGUUGGUAUUAUUUUGAUCUUAUUACCCAGUAUAAUAUUCAUGAAGACUCAAACCUGGAUAUAUAUGAGAGAACAAUAGUCUAUUCUUCAGAUAUACGAUAUUUUGAGAAAACCAUGAUGUUCUACCACAAGGAUAUAAAAUUCAGACUUUAUAUGGAAAAAUACAGACCCAGAGAACAAGUUUACAAUAUUUCCUUCUUUUUAGACAAUUUCGUUGACAUGGAUUAUAUUCCUAUAAUCAAGAAUUAUGAAAACAAUCAAAGAAAACGUUAUUAUAAUGAUUUGGUAUUCGAUAUCACAAGAAGGUCUCUUGCCUGUAAUUUGUUGAAUACUUAUAAUUUUAAGCUUGGCAUAAGAUAUUUUAAUAAUUUGAUUAAGGGAGAUAUAAGAAAAUCUUCUUCGUCUCUUGGAGCGUUUGAAUGGUUUUGGUACAAAAUGAAUAGCUUUGAUAAAGCCUUUUCGGAUAUGAUUUUUUCCCGGCUGCUGAAAUUGACAGAGAUUUAUACAUUAUUAUACAAAGAGGUUUAUUUAGAAAUCUUACAGCAUAGGUCAUGGGGGAAUAAAGUAAAUUUUGUUCAGAAUGACGAAUCAGCAAAAGGGACAAUUAUUUUUCUGGACAACAAGACAUUUGGAAAGCUAAUGUGGUAUAUGCUUAGAUUAAUUUUAUCUAAAUUUGGCCGUAAAUGUAAAUUUUACUCAUCCCAGGAAUAUUUUGAAUACAUGGAGACGUAUUGCUUAGAAGAUUUCAGUAUCUUGAGAAUUUAUAAUGAAGAUUUUAAGGGACAUCAUAUCCUACUUUACUCUAUUCUCAUGAAAAUACUUGACGAAUUCUUAUUAUCGAAGUAUAAUUUCAAAAUUGGCAUUCAGAAUUCUAGUGAAAAUAUAUCCAUCAAUAUUAGUAACACCUUUCUCAUGAUUAAAAAUCAUUAUUUUCUUAUACCAAGGGAUGCUAAUAAUUCGUACGUAGUUGAUCACUACACGUCGAAACAAGUAAUUCAAUACUUACGAGAAGAAUUCAAUUUAUCAACCCUUGCACAAAUCUCUCAUUAUCUAAAACCGCUAUCAUUACAUGAUAUGUUAGCAUAUUUCAUGAAUUUAGAUACAAGAUGUGGUGUAAAACCGUCCUAUUCCAUCAGCCAACCAGAAUUGAGCUCUGUACUUGAUAAACCGGAAAAGAACGGGGAGGAAAUGAGGUCUUGUGUAGGGUAUAAGUAUAGAGAAUAUCAAUUUGCCAAGUUUGUUUGCAACUUCUUACAAAUGGAAUAUAAGGAAGGUGGAUUUUCUAAAUUUAUGUGUUGUUCAGAGUUUGAAAAGUAUUUCAACCAAGAAAAUAAUUUCAUAUAUUUCAACUCUGUGAUAGAGGUCAUAGAGCUGGAUCCAUUAAAAAAGAAAAUGUUGGUCGAAUAUUUCAAAUUAAAUCUUGACGAUAAGUCUAGAAUAUUUCAAAAUAACUUCAAUUUAAUGGAUCCAGCUAAUUCAAGAAUCGCUUUCCAAAGAAUGCAUCCCAGUUUGGGUGUGGAAAAUAUUGCCCAUGUUAUAAAAGGGGAAACUUAUAAACGAGGUAUGCUUGUUGGCCAUACUAAAUUCCAUUCGCUUGGAAUUGUGCUCGAUAUUAUUAAUUCAACUACUUCUAUGGCCACAUAUUGUAAAGUUUACACGAGCCAAGGCUAUAUAGAGACUUAUUCUACUUCUUCAUUACGAAAGAUUUCAAGAAAUAUUGUACAUAAAACAGAUUCUGUUGCAAAACUUUUCAUAGAUGUUUGUGGAAUCGAUGUUCUUGGCUUAUUACUCUUUAGUUCAUUCAGUGACUUACAUGCGCCAGGAUUUAUUCAAAUUGACUAA